AGACCUCGGCGCGCACCCGCGGAGAGCGGCCGGCCCGGGCGCGCAGAGGACGCGUCGCCGUGGCGCAGCGCCUCCGCCCGCCACCCGCCGCCCUGCGCUCGGACCCCGCGCUGUUGACGUGGAUGGCACCGGCUGGGUUCUCCGGGAAGACGCGUGUCUCCGCGGGGGCGCAGGGGACACGAGUUCAGGGCGCUCCGGGAACGACCGCCGCCGCCGAGUGACACGGGCCCGAGCCGCGGGGCGCGCCGCGCACCCCCGCCGCCGCCGGGCGUCCCUGCGCGCGCUCCGCCGGGGCCCCGGGAUUGUCGCCUCGCGCGUGGGAUUUGCAGACCGCGGGUUUCUAAUCGGACUCGGAGGAAGCGUCGGCAGCUCUCUGGGAAUUAAGCCGAGUAUCUGGACGCUCUCGCUCUCCCUCUUCUUUUUUCUUCCUUCAAAGAAGCUUGAGACAAAACCAGGAAGCGGAGGACCCUCACCCACUCGCGGGUCGGAAGGAGGAGGAGGAAAACCGAAAGUUGCGGCCGCACGAGCCGCCUCCCCGAGCUCUUUCUCGUGCAUCCCGAGCCGCCGUCGCCCUCGAAGGGCGGAUCCGCGGAACCGCGGCCUGGGAAGGGACCGAGCUCCCGAAGAAAGAAGUCCCGGUCACCCCAGCCUGGGGCCGAGCGGCGGCGCUUUUCUGUCCGCGCGGCUCGGGGCACGGCCACCCCCGCGCACUCCCUGCGGCUUCGGGACGGGAACGGGGGGGCGCGGCCGGCCGAGCGAGUCCGGCGCGGCACCAUGGGCCGCCGGUGCGCCCUCGCCCUCGCCGUGCUGUCAGCCCUGCUGUGCCAGGUCUGCAGCUCCGGGGUGUUCGAGCUGAAGCUGCAGGAGUUCGUCAACAAGAAGGGGCUGCUGGGAAACCGCAACUGCUGCCGCGGGGGCGCGGGGCCGCCGCCGUGCGCCUGCAGGACCUUCUUCCGCGUGUGCCUCAAGCACUACCAGGCCAGCGUGUCCCCCGAGCCGCCCUGCACCUACGGCAGCGCGGUCACGCCGGUGCUGGGCGUCGACUCCUUCAGCCUUCCCGACGGCGCCGGCGCCGACCCCGCCUUCAGCAACCCCAUCCGCUUCCCCUUCGGCUUCACCUGGCCGGGCACCUUCUCCCUAAUCAUUGAGGCUCUCCACACAGAUUCUCCUGAUGACCUCACAACAGGUAAGAACAAAAAACCAGAAAGACUCAUCAGCCGUCUGGCCACACAGAGGCACCUGACGGUGGGCGAGGAGUGGUCUCAGGACCUGCACAGCAGCGGUCGAACAGACCUCAAGUACUCCUACCGCUUCGUGUGUGAUGAACAUUACUACGGGGAGGGCUGCUCUGUCUUCUGUCGACCCCGAGAUGAUGCUUUUGGCCACUUCACCUGUGGGGAGAGAGGGGAAAAAGUCUGCAACCCUGGCUGGAAAGGCCAGUAUUGCACCGAACCGAUCUGCUUGCCAGGAUGUGAUGAGCAGCAUGGGUUUUGUGACAAGCCAGGGGAGUGCAAGUGCAGAGUGGGCUGGCAGGGCCGGUACUGUGACCAGUGCAUUCGGUACCCAGGCUGUCUCCACGGCACCUGCCAGCAGCCAUGGCAGUGUAACUGCCAGGAGGGCUGGGGCGGCCUCUUCUGCAACCAGGACCUGAACUACUGUACGCACCACAAGCCCUGCAGGAACGGGGCCACGUGUACCAACACGGGCCAGGGGAGCUACACCUGCUCCUGUCGGCCGGGUUACUCGGGGGCCGACUGUGAGGCGGAGACCGACGAGUGUAGCGCCAGCCCCUGCAGGAAUGGAGGCAGCUGCACGGAUCUUGAGAACAGCUACACCUGCACCUGCCCGCCUGGCUUCUAUGGCCGGAUCUGCGAGCUAAGUGCCAUGGCGUGUGCCGACGGCCCCUGCUUCAAUGGGGGACGGUGCUCGGACAAUCCCGAGGGAGGCUACACCUGUCGCUGCCCUGGGGGCUUCUCCGGCUUUAACUGUGAGAAGAAGGUGGAUUCCUGCAGCUCUUCACCCUGCUCUAAUGGUGCGCAGUGCGUGGGCCUCGGGGACUCCUACCUGUGCCGCUGCCAGCCUGGCUUCUCUGGGAGGCGCUGCGAGGACAACGUGGACGAUUGUGCCUCCUCCCCGUGUGCCAACGGGGGCAGCUGCCACGACGGCCCGGAUGAGUACUCGUGCGUCUGCCCCCCCGGCUACACAGGCAGAAACUGCAGUGUCCCUGUCAGUAGGUGUGAGCACGCGCCCUGCCACAACGGGGCCACCUGCCACGAGAGGGACCGGCGCUACCUGUGCGAGUGCGCCCGGGGCUACGGGGGCCCCAACUGCCAGUUCCUGCUGCCCGAGCCUGCGCCAGGCCCUGUGGUGGUGGAUCUCACCGAGAAGUACGUGGAGGGCCAGGCCGGGCCCUUCCCCUGGGCGGCCGUGGGCGCCGGCGUGGUGCUGGUGCUGGUGCUGCUGCUGGGCUGUGCCGCCGUGGUGGUCUGUGUGCGGCUGCGGCUGCACAAGGCCCGGCCCGCUGCGGAGACAGAGACCAUGAACAACCUGGCCAGCCGCCAGCGGGAGAAAGACGUUGCCGUCAGUGUCAUCGGGGCCACGCAGAUCAAGAACACCAACAAGAAGGUCGACUUCCACGGGGACCACGGGGCUGAGAAGAAUGGUCUCAAGGCCCGCUACGCCGCUGUGGGUUAUAACCUGGUGCGGGACCUCAAGGCGGACGCCGCCACUGCUGCCAGGGACCCCCACAGCAAGCGGGACACCACGUGCCAGCCUCAGAGCCCUGCAGUGGAGGAGAAGAGCGUCCCGACGCUCAGGGGUGGAGACGCGUCUGAAAGAAAGAGGCCAGACUCCAUGUAUCCCGCUGCAAAAGACACAAAGUACCAGUCGGUGUACGUCAUCUCGGAGGAGAAAGAUGAGUGUGUCAUAGCGACUGAGGUGUAAAAUGGAAGUGAUAUGGCAAAAUUCCCGUUUCUCUUAAAA